CUUCAGAACUAAUAGCUUAUACCGCGCUGCACUGCGUUUAAUUUUAACCUUUCCCAAUGGCGACCCGAACAACAAUGAGCAUGCAACCAAGCUCAGGCUGCCAAGUUAAUCGACGCUUCAGGCCAUUCACAACCCCUAGCGCAAGUGUCAACACAGCGCAUUAUCGUCGUCGCCGUCUGAAAGCGGUCGCUGCACUGCAAACCUCCAACGCAACCGCCCGAUACAACGCGCUAUGGCACGAAUUCACAAAGCGGGUGGAAGGCGAGUGGGAGGGGGUUACGGCGACGUUCAACUCUGCCGGUGCGCCCCAACCGCUGCCAGAACGCUUUGUCCCCAGCGCCUACAAGGAAUGGGGUGUAGAGCUGUUCGACUGGCAAAGCCAGUGCAGCAGCGUCAUCGUUGCCUCCGGCAACGACGGCAGCCAGCUCGAUCUUCGCAACCUCCUCAAGCGGCUGAUGCCCCGGGUGGGAUGCGAGGCGGACGCUGUGGCAUUCGUGGAGGAGGCUGCUGACGUCUGGAGCGCUGAUGGAGGGGGCCCUGUCAAACCCGUCGCGGCCUCUGGCAGCUACGUAGCCGCCCCUGCAGAGUUACCAGCUGCUACCGCCGCCGCCGCCUCCACAGCUACCACCGACAGAGGCAGCAGCAACAGCAGCAGCACUCAGCCCAAGCUAGAGUUCUGCCUGGCGUCGCCGUCGUCGUCGCCGUCUGGGGAGCAGCCUGGCUCACGGCUGCGGCUGGUGCUGACGCUGGCGCAGCAGGGGGAGGGCGGGCAGUGGCAGGUGGCGCUAGCGGAGCUUAGUCGGGAGACGUACGACGGGCCCUUCAACGGCGGCGCGGAGUUGUCGGGUUGCGCGGGGGGCUCCGCGCCCUUCGCCCAGCAGGUCCCCACGACGCAGCAGCAGCUGGCGGGCGAGUGGCGGGUACGUGGGGAGGUGCUUCGGUACGCACGGAAGGAGGCAUCUGGGCUCCUGGAUUUGGAAGAGUCCGAAGCGAGCGAAACAAAGACCGACCCAGAUCGUAAAAGGAUGUCAAGGCUCGACGGCCCAGGUGCCUUGCUGUUACCGCUGGGCGUGUGGGUUGGCUGCGAUGCCAGCGACGCGGAUACGUUGAUGCUUGAAGUGGGCGUGCUGAGGGGCGAGACCGAACGCGACCUAGCAGUCUGCCGUUACAAGCAGGGGCGGUUGGAGACAGUCAUGUUUGCUACAGAAGUCAAGUAGAUUAAAUUGUUCAGCAGGUGGUCGUCUGCUUGGAGAACUAGCAGGUUUGCAUGGAGCGGUUGUUGCUGGCGGGUCGGGCGCGGCAUAUGUCUCGUAAACGCCUGGACUACUCUUGUACCAAUAUAGGCGAAAACUAUUCAUUCGGAGGUUCAUAAAUUGUGUCGUUUGGAAUACACUAGCCAGCCGCAUUUGUGACCCUGGGGACCGCCGGAUCACCGGGGCAGCAUGCACGCGGGAUGUUCUUACUAUGUACGGAAUCACUCCUCCCUUAAAUACAUCGUUCUCUUGCAAGGCUAACGCUUUUGGACCUGUAAUUUAUGUGUAUAAUA